AUGGAUGCACGAACAGAAGUCUCGGAUGCCACUGAGGCGUCAAUACGGCCACGAAUCGCGCAGCUACCUGCUAGCUGUGACCCUCCACAGCCUAAUGCUGCUGUGAAGCAAUUGGUUUGGGUGAUCUUUGGAGGCACAGGCCAGAUGGGCCAUACUCUUGUCAAUAGCGCACUUGCACAUGGAGAUUUGGUGACGUCGGUUGGCCGCGUGUUUGAGACAAGCCUUAACGACAUGGAGAAUAUUCAUGAGAAUUGUCUCGGCGCGUUGUGUGACGUCCGCGCACGCGAGUCCGUCAAUCGAGUCAUUGAGCGCACUCUUCAACGAUUUGGCCGCAUCGACAUUGUUGUCAAUUGCUCUGGCUACGGUGUGAUUGGCGCUUGUGAGGAUCAGGACGAGCAUGAUAUACGCAAUCAGUUCGAGACCAACUUCAUGGGAACGCUUCACAUCAUUCACGCUACACUGCCUUAUUUUCGCAGACAGAAUGCUGGCCGAUAUCUCAUCUUCAGCUCGACUUCAGGUGCCCUGGGAGUUCCUGGUUUGGGCCCUUAUUGCGCGACCAAGUAUGCGGUUGAAGGCUUGAUCGAAGCCAUGCUCUAUGAGACUGAUGCCUUUAACAUUAAAGCUACGCUGAUCGAACCAGGCCAUGUGAGACCUGAGGAACCCGAGAUCCAGGACUCGACGCUCCCGACAUCUUGGGGCCAUUUUCUUGUCAAGCCGCCCAGCGAAACAUACAGCAACCCAACGGCGCCCGCAUUGCAUGCGCGACGAAUCGUUCAGUGGCUCGGCGACAAGUAUCGACCUACAAGCGCAAUCAAAUGCGCUGAACUCGUAUGGCAACUGGGGCACUGCUCGUAUCCUCCAUUACGACUUUUGUUAGGAAGCUAUGCGAUUGAAAGCAUUCGUGAUCGCAUGCGAUCCGUGACGGAAGAAUUGGAAGAUUGGAAACACCUCAACUUCCCAGCUGGGCCAGAGGAUGACAGGGAAGCCGGUGAAGAAGCAGCAAUGCCAGAUGCUAAUGAAGCUGCUUCGUAA